GAUUGAUACCAACAAUCUCAAAGAAGAGAAUUCUUACCUCAAACACAACUUACAAGAGAAUGUCGUAAAAUUAAACAAAGCUUUCAAAGCUAUUGAUAUUAUGCAACAAUUGAUAAUUGGUAUUAGACAGCUUCAUGAAAGUUAUAGAAUCAACUUUAGAAUUUUGAAUAAACCUAAAGACUUCAUAAACACAUCUAAUGAGGAAUUCUCAUCUAAUCCCUCAUUAUUUUAA